AUGGUAGGAACCUGCUCACAGUCUUCCAACCUGUCAAUGAGGAAGGGUGCUUCAGCCAAAAGGCGGCCCGUUCCGAGCGCUCCGUCACCAUCCCCUCUUUCUUCUCCAGCCGCAGGGAAUGCUUUCUGCCAGGCCGCUCAGCUACAUCUCCAGCUGCAGAACAAACACGACGCGGCCACCAGCUUCGUGGAUGCCGGCAACGCUUUCAAGAAAGCUGACCCGCAAGAGGCCAUCAACUGUCUCCUCAGAGCGAUCGAGAUCUACACGGACAUGGGCCGUUUCACCAUCGCAGCCAAGCACCACAUAACGAUAGCAGAAAUCUACGAGAUGGAGCUGGUGGAUAUCGAAAAGGCUAUCGCCCAUUAUGAGCAAGCAGCAGAUUAUUAUAAAGGUGAAGAAUCUAACAGCUCUGCUAACAAAUGUUUGCUGAAAGUGGCCACCUACGCAGCUCAGCUGGAGCAGUACCAGAAGGCCAUUGAGAUCUAUGAGCAGGUGGGCACCAGCGCCAUGGACAGCCCCCUCCUGAAGUACAGCGCCAAGGAGUACUUUUUCAAGGCGGCCCUGUGCCACUUCUGCAUCGACAUGCUCAACGCCAAGCUGGCUGUACAGAAAUAUGAAGAAAUGUUUCCGGCUUUCUCGGACUCCAGGGAGUGCAAACUGGUCAAAAAAUUGCUGGAUGCUCACGAAGAACAGAAUAUCGACAACUACACUGAAUCGGUCAAGGAGUAUGACUCGAUUUCCCGCCUGGACCAGUGGCUCACUACUAUGCUGCUGCGUAUCAAGAAAACCAUACAGGGUGAAGAGGAGGACCUACGCUAAGCGGCUGCCCCGCAAUCCGCUGCUCCUUCUCUGCGGGGACUGCAUGGAUCAGUGGUGGGGGAGAGUGGGGGAGAGUCUUAGCAAAAGGAACUGGACUCCAAUGGCAAAUGGUUUAUUUAAUUCCUUUCUCAUCACCCCUCUCCCUGCCACUGUCUCUUCGCACGGCCGGCACAGGACCAGGGAGCGAUUCCUGCAGGUUGGCUCCAGCCCAGAGAGAAACGCGGGCCGUGAUAGGAAGCUCUCCCAUUUUCAUUGCCUCCCUUCUCAGCACCGAGAGGCUCACUCCUCUCAAAACAGUCUGGAUUUCUUUCUGGUGGCUUAAAAUAACUUGUGUGGUUUAAUAUUUUAAAGUCUCUCCGGUGAUCCCAGCUGGUAGCAUCGGCUUCCUUUCCUCUCGCCUAGAAAAGAUCCUGGGGAUAGAAAGUAUAACUCCGCAGAGGAGAUACUAGAUUCCUGUCACCUCAUCUCAUUGCAACCCUCUGAUCUGUUUUCCUUCCCCGUCUCCUAACAGCAGUUCCAGCAUCCCCGUGUGAAGUAGGUUUUUGUGCAGGGUUGAUUAGGUUUCCUCUCCCUUCCCCAGACUGCUGUCUGCUGUCUUCUCCAGGAGUGGAGCUGCUUUCUGUUUUGAUGGCCAACACCAAGCCCUUUCUCUCCUCUGGCAGUUUCCCACCAGAGCCAAAUCUUAUGUGGAGAAUGGCUGUUUCCCCUUCCCCAAUUGUACACAUACUAGCAAAGGUCUAAGAUCGCCGAACGACUAGGUUCACGCUUUAUGAGCUAACUUUGCGCUUCUUGCUCCCCAAGUGUACUGUUUUAGACAGCCUCCAUCCCAGCUCCUUUCCCUUACCUUAUAAGCAGACGACACCCCCCUAUACAAAAAAAUGGUGGUUCUGCAUAUUCAUAGUUAGUCCCUGGAGGCACGAAGCAACACGUUCCUCCUCCUGUCGCCUGCAGGGCAGGGAUCAGCUAGUGCAGCCGGUUGUCCAAAACCCCCUUUUGAGCUAGUGACUUUGCAUCGGCUGUUUCAAGAGCCCUCGGCUUUGGGCUCUGGGUUCCUUCUGCCAAGUAUUUCAUGCCCUGCACUCACGGCCAUAAACCUCUGUCCCCCCCCCUGUCCCUCCUACCCGUGUUUCCUCUUGUGUUUGGCAUUCAGAAACAAAACGUAUCAUGUAGCCAGGAGUAAAAAGGGGUUGGUCCUCCGGGAUUUUUGCCCUUCAGUUAUUCUCACAUUGAAGUUUUUAUUAUUGAGAGGGGGAGCGGGAGGACUUCGGAAGCGUCCUGCAUGUGUUUAGUCUCCACCCACAAGUGACUCUGCUGAAGAUAGUGGGCAACCUGCAAACGGCAACAGAACAAUAACUUAAAAACAACUUUGCAUGGGUGGAAAAGAAACCACAAUAACGUCUUUAACAGUAGCCUCUCUCUAGCUUACGUUUUCUGCUGCUUCUCUGAGCUUCUCUGACUUGCAUGUCUUCAAAUGUACCUCGCUGUUCUUUCCCCUUGUGUUUGAGAACUAAUUCUGGCAUCUCUUUCCCCCUGUCGCCCCACGAAGUUGUGGUUCCAUCUCUGAACACUGGCUGUGAUUCUGUGUAUAUGUCUAUAAAAACACAAUUGUAUGCUUGAA